AUGUCAACUAUCACUCUCAGUUGUUUAGUCGUAGGUGAAAACCCUUAUGAAAAUGCUUUCGCAGCUGAAAUCAACGAAGCUACCAAGGAAAAAAAUACACAAGAUUUCGCUAACGUUGACGCCAAAGACAUUAAGCUAUGGAAGAUUGACAUUUCCUUCGAAGAAGAAAACAAGAAACUUGAGCUCGUCAACACAAAAAUAAACGUUAAUAUCAAGGAGGACCUUGGUGGUGAGGAACUUCCAUCUCUUUCGAAGAUUAGCAAACGCUUUCCCUCUCAGCCAGCCGAAGAGCACAUACAUAUCAUCGUGCAGCGUCCUGUUGAGACGAAAGAGGUACAUUGUACCGCAACGUAUGGCCGUAAGAGUGCGAAUUUUCAAUGGACAGUGAGCCGAGAAAUGGUGUCAUUGGAAGGCUUUAAGAAGAAGCUUUGUGAAUAUUUCACGUUUCCGGAUGGGACAGAAAACGAGCAUAUCGUAAUAGGUCGUAUAGUAGCUGAUGAAGAUUUAUUGAGUAUUAUCUGGACUGUUAACCCCAAGGUGGAUCUGGAAAUAGUUGUGGAUGCGUCGCAACAACCUUUCUCUUCGUAUACUUUCCCCAAGAUGAAGGUUCUUUGCGGUUUGAAGGCCGAUAGCUAUGGUCAUUUACCAUGUAUUGAGAUUGGAAGUUCAGCAACUCCAGAAGAAAUCAGGAAUAGUGUGAUUGAGGAUUUUUUAAGAAUGCAUAAGGCAUCCCCACCCAUCACUAGCGCGAAUGAGGCCACCCCGUUCAAACGAGAAGAUAUUAACCAGGGCAUUGCCCAGAGUACUGUUCAAGCACAUGCGUCUAUGCAAUGCAAUCGCAAAAAACAUACUUGCGAUGAUGCUGAUUUGUAUGAAGGUGCAAUGUACUGCAUUGUCUCAACGGGCGUCGACUGGGUAAUAACAAAAGUUCAAAGUGGUAUUGGAGAUGAGAAUGAUAAUGGUGAUGGGAAUCUGGUCGAAAAAUUAUUUAAGCAAAUCAAAUGGGUUUUUGAUCAGCAAAAAUCAUCAUUGGUCGGUGGAAAGCGA